AAAUGCAGUGAAAUCAUUGUUGCUCACCUUGGCUACCUGAACUACACUCAGUACAACAUAUUUGUUAGCUUCGAAGAUCUGAACAUGUUCAUGUACAUUCUCCAGAACAUUACCUUCACAUGGAAAACCUACAAUCCAACUUUUUCACAAGUGGAAAUAUGGUUCCGGUUUGUCUUCGUAGUUCUUACUUUUAUGGUCACGUGUCUGUUUGCACAUUCCCUGCGGAAAUUCUCCAUGAGAGACUGGGGUAUUGAACAGAAAUGGAUGUCCAUCCUACUUCCUCUCCUGCUCCUUUACAAUGAUCCAUUUUUCCCCCUUUCUUUUCUGGUGAACAGCUGGUUUCCUGGAAUGCUGGAUGAUCUAUUCCAGUCACUGUUUCUGUGUGCACUGUUGUUGUUCUGGCUUUGUGUCUACCAUGGGAUAAGAGUCCAGGGGCAAAGGAAGUGCUUAACUUUCUAUCUGCCCAAAUUCUUUAUUGUUGGACUGUUGUGGCUGGCCUCUGUGACACUGGGAAUAUGGCAAACUGUCAAUGAGGUACAUGAUCCUACAUAUCAAUACAGAGUUGACACAGGUAAUUUCCAGGGAAUGAAAAUCUUCUUCCUUGUGGUGGCAAUCACAUACAUCCUCUACCUUUUGUUCCUGAUAGUGAGGGCAUGCUCAGAGCUUCGAAACAUGCCUUAUGUUGAUCUCAGGUUAAAAUUCUUGACUGCAUUAACCUUUGUAGUGCUUGUCAUUAGCAUUGUCAUACUCUACCUACGCUUUGGAGCACAAGUUCUACAGGACAACUUUGUUGCUGAGCUGUCAACUCAUUAUCAGAAUUCAGCAGAAUUCUUAUCAUUUUAUGCUUUAUUGAACUUUUAUCUCUACACAUUAGCCUUCGUGUAUUCCCCCUCGAAGAAUGCACUGUAUGAAUCACAAUUGAAAGACAAUCCUGCUUUUUCUAUGCUGAAUGAUUCGGAUGACGAUGUGAUUUAUGGAAGUGACUAUGAAGAAAUGCCACUUCAGAACGGCCAAGCUAUAAGAGCCAAGUAUAAAGAGGAAUCGGACAGUGAUUGA